AGGGUGGGUUAAGGUGUAAGGGAUGGGUCAACGGUGUAAUUAUAAAUGUAAUUACAGAAAUUAUUACAGAUGUAAUUACAAGCAGGUAUUUUUUAAAUAUAAGUACAUGUAAAAACAUGUAUGUACUAUGUACACAAUAAGUGCAUUGUAUCAACAUAGUAGUAUGUAAGUACAUAGUAGUUAAGGCCACCUAAUAUAAAGUGGAACCAUUUUUUUUUUUUUUUUCAUGGACACUAUGGUGCAGACAAAUAGUGGAGGAACUUGAGAGGGGAGCAGUUUCCCAUGCACUGAUGCUCUGAUCAAAAAAGCAAUUUUCAUUUUUUUUUUUUUUUUUUUUUGUAAGUCAUACAAGAUUUUUUUAAAAAGUCAGUUAUAUACAUUUUAUGUUGAAAUUACUUACUCAGCCAAGUUGCUUGUACUUAAAAAAAAAAAAAAAAAAAAAAAAAAAAAAAAAAAUUUUUUUUUUUUUUUUUUUUUUACAGUGUAACUGUAAUUAUUAAUGAUUAAAAGUAGUUAUUACUUUUUGAACAGCAACAACGUUUGUGCCAAAUCUAGCUUAUUUGGCACUUGUGGUUUGGUUUUGGCAUUGGGAUUGUGUGAAGCAGAAUCAGGUGAAAAAUAAACGGAACCUGUUAGGUCUGUCUUGAAGUCUGCUCGACUAAAGCCUGAACUCUGGAGUGAGUCCGGUUUGUCAAAUGAAGAAAAAAAAAAAAAAAGCAAUAAUUUGAAUAAACAAUUGGAAUAUCACGCUGGGUUCAUUGCUCUUAUUGGUAGUUACGGCGUUACAUCACACUGAUUUAAUGACGCGGAGUCCCUGUUUCCUUCAUUUUUGUCUUUAAGUGCUUCUUACAGCUAGAGAAGAGCGUGCAGAGCGCUGGUAGUAUUCCAUCAUUAUUGCCCGUCACUCAUUUUCUGCUUCAUUCAUAUGCCGCCUCGUCCUGCUAGAAGAUUUUAUAUCAUAUUAUUCUGUUUAUCAUCUCACAAACCACAGCAGCUUUUUCUCCAGUCAUUUGCGAGUAGGGGGAUUGAGAUGAUGGUUUGAAAGUUCAGGCUUGUGUGAAAUAGGUCAAUAGCAGCUCCACAAAUGCCAGACCAUGGCACAGAGUUCCAUCUAAAUCAACAGACCAAGAGAAAACGAGUGGACAUUGGAGUGAAGAGAAUUGUUAGCUCAGCAACCACAUCAACACAUACAGCUUCUGCUGUCAUCACUGUCACUCGUGCAGCCAAAUCCACUGUCAUCUUUGAUGCCAUGAACUCCCAUCACAGUAGGAAGCAAGAUGUGCUUGAGUGCCAAGGGGCUCAUCUCAAGCAUCGGGACUCAGGUGAGGCUAAGUCAAAUGUUCUCCGCAAACUGCUUAAAAGGGCCAGCUCAUAUGAGGAUAACAUGAUACCCUUUUCUGGUGCCACAAUCAUCACCAAGCUACUGGAGAGUAAUAAGGCAACGAGAGAAACAGGAGGCAGGGAGCCAAUGUUCCCCAGGAAAGCAGAACCUGAACCACCACAGGAGGACACUUGCAGCAGCUCAUCCCAGGAGAGUGCAAAAGAGUGUCUCUUAUCAUUUGGACAAAUCACACGGACCCCAUUGGACUCUGAGCGGCUAAAUGAAGAGCACCUUCAGGCCAAGCGUGCACGUGUCGAGAACAUAAUUCGUGGAAUGAACCACUCACCAAAUGCAAUGGCACCUUCUAUCCCUAGUGAAAAAGAUUGUGAGCAAGAGGGAGAGGGAGAAACCAAGGUUCCAGCACAGUCCUUCAGCCCACGAGAAGGCAAUCGUGAGAACAAGAGGAAACAAAAAUUACCGCAGCAGCAGCAGCAGCAGCAGAGCUUCCAGCAGCUGGUUUCCACACAUAAAGAGCAGAGGGCUGACGAACGCAGGCAGUUGAAACUACAGUUAGAAGACAUGCAGAAACAGCUGAGGCAGCUUCAAGAGAAGUUCUUCCAGAUCUAUGACAGCACGGAUUCUGAACCAGAUGGAGGGAAUCUCUCAGAAGACAGUGCACGAUCUAAUGGAAUGCUUGGUCACAGCGGUAUCACUGAACACCUCAUUCAAAAUUCUGUGGCUGAUCGAACUGAUAAUAAGAUAGCGGACUUGGAUCCGGAAUGCAUUCUAGAUGAGGCAAGGGUCCUGCUCAGUGAACAAGUAUUGCUAGAUGGAGAGAUGGCCAAACGAGAGGGUUCUUUGAGGAGCAAUGGUUUGAGGUCUAUGCAUGCAGUAGGCAAGCAUCUGGCAGAAACCUUAAAGCAGGAGUUGAACUCUGCCAUGUCUCAAGUGAUAGACACCGUGGUGAAUGUUUUUUCAAAACCUCCACGGCCACUGUUACAAGUAUUCCCAUCACUCCCAGCAACCCAGGAACGCUUUAAUUUUAACGGGGACAACCCAAACUUCCACACUGCUAAUCAGAGGCUGCAGUGUUUUGGUGAUGUUAUCUUUCCCAGCCCAUUUGACUCAUUUGUUGGAGUCCCUCUUCCUAGUUCCAAUGACCAGACAGAGGCACUACCACUGGUGGUACGAAAGUCUGCAUCUGAUCACCACCAGUCCACAGAUCUUGGAGCUCAAAGUAUCCACCCACAUCCCUCCCUACACACUUCUUCUCUUUCUGGAAACACAAGCUUCAUUUCCCCAUCAUUCCGCCAUCCAUUUUCGCUUCCUCUCAUGGGUUACUCAUUUCAGAGCACACUUGGUGCUUCAUCAACAGGAUACUCUAGUAAAGACUCUCCUGAUUUGAUGGAUCUGUCAAGGGAGACCACCAGCUUACGAAAAAAAGUGGCUUCCAGCCACCAUCUGAUGCAUAACAAUUCCUGCUCACCAGUUCACUCAGAAAGCACUGCUGAAGGGGUGUCACUCGUCAAAUCUGAAUAUGGGGACAUCCAGGAAAUGUCAGACAUCUCGCCACUCUCAGGGAGUACAAUCCAGGAGGGCUUGUCCCCAAGUCACCUGAAGAAGGCCAAAUUAAUGUUCUUCUACACUAGGUACCCAAGCUCCAGCAUGCUCAAGAUGUACUUCUCAGAUGUGAAGUUUAACAGGUGCAUCACGUCUCAGCUGAUAAAGUGGUUCAGUAACUUUAGAGAGUUCUACUACAUUCAGAUGGAGAAGUUUGCCCGGCAGGCCAUAAAUGAUGGUGUGGUGGCAGCGGAUGACAUCAGAGUGAGCCGUGAUUCUGAGCUUUACAAAGUGCUCAACAUGCACUACAAUAAGGCCAACGAUUUUGAGGUCCCUGAACGUUUCCUGGAGGUAACUCAGAUUGCGCUACAUGAGUUCUUCAAUGCCAUAGUGGCCUGUAGAGAUGUGGAUCCAUCGUGGAAGAAGGCCAUUUAUAAAGUCAUCUGCAAACUGGACUCUGAGGUUCCAGAGAUAUUUAAAUCAUCCAUUCAUCUUCAGGAGAUCCUACAUGAGUAACAUGUUACAAAACUUCAAUUAUAUGCUUUUUUAAAUGAAUAUUGAUAAUUUGAGUUUAUCUCACAGUUGAAUGUGAUAUAUGAAGUAGCAUUUUAUUUAUUAAUGCUCUCAUUUGGUAACCUUUAGUGUAUAACUCUAAUCCAUGCAACCUAUUGAUUGUAGACCAAUCUCACAAUCCCGUUGUGAGACAUUCCGAUUUUGUAGUGUGUAUUUUUCCUGGAAGCAGGCCAUUGAAUGUGAAGGGUGAACAGAAUUAUGGUGAAAUCAUUUUUAUCAUUAAUUUUAUGUACCCUGUAAUUUUGUGUAUUCAUGCUAUGAGGUUUUCUAUUUGUUCUUUGGUAAAGCUCCAGUACAUGAAUUAUUAUUUCAAAAUAUAUAACUCAAUAUGCAAAUUUAUACUACUGAAAGAGAAGUAAAAGAGUUGUUUUUGCUAAAGAGCAAGUUUCAUUUUUUUCAUUUUCUUUUGAGGUUUGUUGGAGUGACCGCUUAAUAUGCCAAAGAGAGUAGUCCCCUCUUGAUUGAGCUUGCUUCACAGCAUAGAAAACAAUUGUGCUCACUGUUUGAUAUAGAAAGGCUGGCACAGCUGGAAAUGCCUCUGCUAUCAGCAAAUUCAUUAGCAUAUUCCUCAAUCAGACUCUAUCAGGAUGUCUCACUAUACCAGAAGUAUAUGAGUGGAGUGAAGUCACUCCUAAGUGUCCUAAGUCACUCCUGGAUGACUCUAGCAUAGCUAAAAAAAAAAAAAAAAAAAAAAAAAAAUAUGUCAUCUCAAAAAGCCAUCAAGAGCAAAUGGAAGUGUUUGUUAUUGCCUCUUUUAAAAAGAGAGCCAAAACAUUUGGGGACAGUGUUUGUAUAUUCAUAUAUGAAACUGAAACAUGUCUGGCUCCAGCUUGUGUGGCUGAUCUCUUAUUUGAAUUCCUUCUUGUCAUACAGUACACACUUUUGUGAAUAAAACGUUACUGUGAUAAGAUACAAAAAAACAAACAAACAAAAAAAAACCUUGAACUGAGAUAUAGGCAACAUUUUUAUCUUUGUUGCCUGACACUAUUUAUGACACUAUUUUUUUAUUUAAUAAAGAUAAAAUAAAAUAAAAAAACCUUGUAUGACUUGUUUCAUUCUGGUUUUACAGAUUAAAACUAAAAUUACUGAAGCUGUAAAUCAGGCGACUGAGGCACAGUGGUUGGAUUGGGAGUUAUCUAUGUUCCCAGAGUAUUAUUUUCCCAGGGUAACCA